GGGCUUCAUUGAAUGUUUAUAUUUACUCAAACAUACUUACACUAAAUUAGCAGUAUUGCUUGUAAUUUUAUUAGGUGAACAGGAUGCAUCUUUUCUUACAGUGUUAUCUUAUUUUCACAGUCAUCAUUGUGCCAAAGCUGGGAAAGAAAAGAGGCAGCCUAGCUGUGAAUGAGUGGGGCAGGUGCAUUUGCUCAGAGCCUCAUGAAUAGCAGCUUCCCAUUAGCCAUGCACGGCUCUGAAGUGCGCAUAAAUAAUAGCUGGCAGCGCUGAUAAAAAAGCGCACCUUGGGGCCUCUCCCCCUCUCUCCCCUCUCCUCCAUCUCUCUUUUUCUUUCUUCCUUUCUCUCUGACGGGAUUUUUUUCUAUCUCUCAUGGCUACAGCAUUUAGUCUGCAAGACUUUGGAAGCAGAUAGAAACACUUCUCUGUUUGGCGGACUUUUUUUUUUUUUUUUUUUUUGGUGGAUAACUUUUGCAUGACCAAAAAAAAAAAAAAAAAUCGGAGAUGUUUCCUGCUCUCAUGUCCCGUCUGUCCCGCAUUUGUAAUCCUGCGCCUUGCAGAACAAAUCCGCUGGACUGGUGCCUUUCCUAUUGAGACGCAAGAAGCAUAGACACCAGGCUGCAUCGGAGCGCCUGCAGCUACAACAAACAAGAAGGAAACACCGAUUUACGCACAAAUACAAAAAAAAGAAAGAAAAAGAAAAAACAGUGAGAUUUCCCCUGUGAUCUCCACUACACCUCCCCGGAUUUUUUUGCUUCAGAAGUUGCAUGUGCAGGAGUGAUAGUACCCGACCGGGACAGAAGGAAUGGGAUACCCGGGCAGAGCCGUGAGAGGAGGAUGGAGAGGAGGAUGGACGCUCCUGGUCUGGGUCGCUGCUGUCAGCCUGCUGGUGGCGGACGGACGGAGAGUGAGGCAGCCCAGAUGCCCCGUUGGAUGCACCUGCACCAAAGACAAUGCCCUGUGUGAGAAUGUCCGAUCCGUGCCUCACACUUUCCCAUCGGACGUCGUUUCUCUAUCUUUUGUCAAGUCUGGAUUCAAUGAGAUCACUGGGGGGAGCUUUGUUCAUACACCUGCCCUGCAACUGCUAUUGUUCACAGCAAACUCAUUUGACCUAAUUGAUGAAGAUGCAUUUCUGGGUUUGACACAUCUUGAGUACCUAUUUAUUGAAAACAACAAAAUCGCAUCAAUAUCCCCAUAUGCUUUCCGAGGCCUGAAAACACUGAUACAUCUGAGUCUGGCUUACAACAACCUUGAGACGCUGCCUAAAGAUGUGUUCAAGGGCAUGGACGCAUUGACUAAAGUCGACCUGCGAGGCAACAACCUGAUUUGUGACUGUAAGCUCAAGUGGUUGGUGGAGUGGAUGCAUCACACCAACGCCACCCUGGACCAGAUCUACUGCAGCGGGCCGCCACUCCAGCAGGGGAAGAAGAUCAAUGACCUGCUGCCGCACUCUUUUGACUGCAUGACGGCAGAGUUUGCCUCCUACCAGUCACUGAAGUUUGAGUCCAUUUCUGUGGAGGCCUUCACCUUCGGUGAAGACCAAUACGUUGUGUUUGCUCAGCCCUUUGCCGGGACGUGCAGCUUCCUGGAAUGGGAUCACGUCGAGAUGACCUUCAGAAUGUAUGACACCAUCGAAAGCACUUCCACGGUCGUCUGCAAGCCCAUGGUCAUUGACAACCACCUCUUUGUCAUCGUGGCCCAGUUGUUUGGAGGCUCGCACAUUUACAAACGUGACACCUCGGCCAACAAGUUCAUCAAGAUCCAGGACAUCGACAUCCUGAAGAUCCGCAAACCCAACGACAUCGAGACCUUCAUGAUCGACGGGGAGUCUUUCUUUGUCAUCGCCGACAGCUCCAAGGCUGGUUCCACAACAGUGUACAAAUGGAACGGCAAUGGCUUCUACUCCCACCAGUCCCUGCACCCGUGGUACCGGGACACAGACGUAGAGUAUCUGGAGAUCGCCAACAAACCCCACCUGAUCUUGUCCAGCAGCUCUCAGAGGCCCGUCGUGUACCAGUGGAACAGGAGCCAGAAGCAGUUCGACCGCAGGACCGACAUACCGGAGAUGGAGGACGUCUUCUCCGUAAAACACUUUCGGGUCAAAGGUGACCUGUUUAUAUGCUUGACAAGAUUCAUCGGGGACUCCAAGGUGAUGCGCUGGGACGGUGCCAUGUUCAAGGAGGUCCAGACGUUUCCUUCCCGCGGCUCCAUGGUGUUCCAGCCCGUCUCCAUCGGCAACUGGCAGUACGCCAUCUUGGGCAGCGAUUAUUCACUGACACAGGUCUACCAAUGGGACACCAAGAGGGGCCAGUUUGUCCCAUCUCAGGAGCUGAAUAUCCAGGCGCCGCGAUCAUUUUCCCUGGUUGCCAUUGACGACCGGGUGUUCCUGCUGGCGUCCAGCUUCAAGGGAAAAACUCAGAUCUAUGAGCAUCUCAUGAUCGAUUUGAGUAAUUAAACCGGCCGCCUGUUGGGGACACUUCACCACUCACACGCUUUCUCCUGUGACUUUGUUGAACUUGUCGGUCCCAUUUGAACCCACUAACAGUUUCCUUCGUAGCUGAAACAAAAGGAACUUUCAAGCAAACAAUCCGAAGAGGUUUUUUUCAAAUAAAAAUCAGGACCUUUAGGUUAGUUUAGGCUGAAAUUAAAGGGUUGAAGUUGCUCCACUGGUUUAUUUUUUGUUCGUUUUGGCAGGUCUGAUAUAAAUUCUAGGACUGUGAUUGAAAAUAUAUUUUAUAUAACUCCUAAAGUUUGGAAACCUGCAGCAGCUAGUUCAUUUUUGAUAAACUUCUUGUAUUUUCAUCUUGAUUCCUUACUAUUUGGGAAUGCCUUACUCUCCAUCUAAACCUAAUUCUAAACUCUUUCAGGAAAAACAAGCAAUGAAGUCACUUCUUUCUGUCGACUACUGAACCCCAAAGGUUUUACUCUUACAAGACAUGCCUCCGCUAUUCAGCUCCGUACUUUGUCCUGUAAAAAAAAAACAGUCUAGGAAUCUGAUAGUGCAGCUGACCGUUCAAUAAUAUUUUUUGACAAAAGAGAGGCGGUAAAGGGUUUUGUAAUUUUAAAGUCUUCUUUCAGGGAAAUCAAGCCCAGAGUGAAAUGGAUUAGCUAAGCGGUUUUUAAACACUGGGGUUGUCUGUAGCUUCAGCUCAUUUGCUCUUUACUAUAGCCAAGUUUAAAACAUCAAUGUUCCAUCAAGGCUGCUGAUUGAUUGGGAGUCCUGGGCAUCUUUGGAGUGUGGAUACUCUGUAGAACACAGACAAUCUCACAGAUGAACAAGAAUCCUCCUCACACUGACAUCGAAGCUCAGUUUGAGAACAGUUGGGAACAUUAGGGGGGAAUUUGUCAAUAAAAGACAAGGAACUUAGUAAUAACACUAGUUUUCAACCAAAUUCGGGUAAAAAAAAUUUGACUCUUUACUGGGAAUUAUGUCCAUUCUUUGUCAGGUUUUGUAAUUAUUCCACACAAUGAAGUGAAAAGUCCACUUAACACUGUGAGAAACUUUAAAAAAAACACACAUUCUCUGCUCUGCUUUCUCUCCGUGAAACAAAACUGCACGCAUGAUACAGACACUCGGUGGUGUUGAUUUCCGAUGAAUGACUAACUAGAAGCAUCCCACUGUGCCACCCAGCCCUCUCUCUUUCACUGCACUCUUGCCCCUUUUCUCCCUCAUUGACAAAAACCAUUGUUGUCUUUACUCCGCAGCUAAAAGCCAACCACUGUGCGGCGGCACACGCUACCUGUGCUUUCACACCAUCCCCCUUAUUCCCACACAAAAGGAAACAGAAUAUCGAUAACAAUUAACAAACUUCACUGACACAAAAACAAUUUGCCAAAUGUGUUUUUACGAUACCGUGUAAAGUAAUUUAUGAUGUUACGUUUUUGUAUGUUGAAGGGGACCACACUCGGUGUUUUCUUUUUCAUAGAUUUAGCCUUUUUAGUGUAGUUCAGUGUAGAUAAAGUGGAAAAACAUGAAUCACCUCCGUCAUUGCGGUGUAACGUGCUACUUCUGCAAAAUAGGGUGGACUUACUUGUGUAACGUAGUUAGGUAAGGACUGAGGUUUUUAGCCGUUCCUUUGUCAUCUUGAUCAUUGUAUUUUAUGUACAGUGGUAAUAAAACACUAAAAACGCUAAAUCA